AUGGAGAUGGAGAACCCUUUGAAGGAGGCAUUUGUGUUUCCAAAUGAACAAGAGUUUGCUGAUGCCAUAGUCUAUCGCAUUCAGCAUCAGUCGCUAGUAAUGAAACCUGUUCUCCGGCCCAAGACUUGUUCGAUUAUCUUUCUCCGUCGCGUCUACAGGCGCAAUGUUUGGUCCCUAUACUUAACCUUCGCUGAUAAGCUCCGUAGGGGCAAGGGUGAGUUUCCUAGCACUGGCCUUCCAUGCCACGUGUAUAAUGCAAUCGACGCCAUGCACCAAACCGCCAAUGGUUUUGUGCAGCUAAUGAGGAAGGAGGAUUGUGACUCACUGGACAAGUUCAAGUCUCUGCUAGUGUCUGCUUUUGGGUGCAUGUUUACUCUUGCAAUGAAAGUCAUGCCCACUUUGACUUAUUUCCAAGAUGCGAGGCAGGCAAACCGUAGAGAGAGAAUGAGAAAUUCGGAAGAUUAUGAUGAUGUUGCUGCUUCUACAUUGAUCGAUACUCGCUACUUGGCUCACCAACGCUGCGCAGAAGAAUUCCCUCUGACUGUUGAUGUUGAUAACGUUGCCAACUUUGUUGAUCCUAAUGUUAUGCGUUGGCUUGAGGAGUUGGAACGUGAACAUGGCUUCAGGUUCAAAGAGCCACACUGUGCAAAACUUUCCCUCAAUCCCAAGUGGAAGGGCCUGGCUCGCUGCACGAACGCGAAAGCCUCGAAGACUUGA